AUGGUUCUAAAUGGGGUGGUAUGUACGGAUGGAAAGAAUAUUUGUGAUAGUUUUGCAAGACAUUUCUCCGGCAUUUAUGGCAAUGGAGUAACUCGGGAUAUACCGAACACAGCAAAUAUUGUGCAAGCGCAGACGACGGGUGCCCGCAUAGUCGAGGUGCCCGGGGCGACCAGCGCCGAGAAGGCCGACACCCUGGCGGCCAAGCUGGAGGAGGCGAUCGGGGGGCUGGCGACAGUAACGCGGCCUACCAAAACCGCCGAUCUAAGGGUCACCGGUUUUGACGAGUCAGUGACCCCGGAGAAGAUCCGGGCGGUGGUGGCCGCGAAGGGCCGAUGCCCCCAGUCCGCCGUGAGCGUGGGAGCCGUCAGACUGGCCCCCAACGGGAGGGGGUCAGCCCUCGUCCGCUGCCCGGUGACGGCGGCCCAACGGGUGGCGGCUGCCGGCCGCAUAUUGGUGGGGUGGUCCUCCGCCGGGGUCCAUGUGAUGGAGCCGCUCCCCAUGCGCUGCUUCAGGUGCAUGGGGAUUGGUCACACCAGAGCCCUCUGCCCGUCCAGUGUAGACAGGAGCGGGCUCUGCUUUAGGUGUGGCCAGGUGGGACACUCGGCCUCCGGGUGCACGGCGACCCCGCGGUGCUCGGUCUGCACCGCGGCUCGCCGUCCAGCGGACCACGUGAUGGGGGGGCGAUCUUGCGCUCCCUCCCCCACCAAGGGCAAGUCGGCGGGGACCCCAGGCCCCCCCCUAUUGAGGGACAAAGGCAACCCCAACCACUGCGCCAGGGCACAGGACCUAUUGGUCCAGGCCAUGGCGGAGUGGGGGGUUGCGGUGGCUGCUGUGGCGGAGCCAUACUUUGUCCCCCCGCAGAGGAAUUGGGCGGGGGAUCGGGAGGAGACGGUGGCCAUAGUGGCGUCGACUGCCGGACACUCCCCCCCUCUAGUGGUGAAGGAACGCGGGUCAGGGUUCGUGGCGGCGAGGUGGGGAGAAGUUAUCCUAAUUGGGGUGUACUUCUCUCCAAACCGCACCCUAGCCCAAUUCCAGGCGUUCCUGGAGACCCUAGAGAGGGCGGUGAGGAGGGCAGCUCCGACGCCGGUGUUGGUGUUGGGGGACUUCAACGCCAAGAGCGCGGCGUGGGGUUCUCCGGUCACCAAUACCAGGGGGCCAGAGUUGGAAAAUUGGGCGGCAGUCCUAGGGCUAGCCAUCCUCAACCGGGGCCAUGCCAACACGUGCGUUCGGCGAAAUGGGGGGUCAAUCGUGGACGUCACGUUUGCGACCCCCUCAUUAGCCGCGCGAGUAUCCGGCUGGCAGGUCCUGGAGGACGAGGAGACCCUCUCCGAUCAUAAAUAUAUACGGAUGAGGGUCUCCCAUACGCCGCCCACGGCGGCCUCCAACACGGCCCCCGGGGGGGGCUUUCCCAAAUGGGCACUCACCCGCCUGGACCUUGAGCUCGCAGAGGAAGCAGCCAUGGUCCAGGCGUG